AUGUCCUUCCAAAUCCACCAUCGACCUUCGAGUCGACAAAUCAACAAGAUGGAACAGCCGGAUUUACCAGAUCCAUCUACUUGGUCAGUCGAUCAAGUCGUCGAUCAGAUCUGUUGUUCCACCUCUGCAACUCGUACCAAGCUCCAGAUCAAGCCGAUCUUGAACCAGGACGUCCUCGAACCAAUCCUCAGAGCCAACGACAUCGAUGGAGACAACCUUUUGUCUUUAGAAGACGCCCAUGUUAAAGACGAUCUAGGCAUUUCUUCCUUCGGGCAACGCCGCGAGUUAAGAAGGAUCGUUCAAUACCUGAGGUCCGAAUCUGUCCUCUACAACCAGAACAAUAGCAAUGAUGACAAAAAGUUGAAUGUGACCUCCAGGACUCGAUUGCAUUCAGAGCGAGAAGAGAGCACAUCCGAGACAGAUACCACUCCUCAUGAUGAACCUGAACUUAAGAAGCGACGUGUUGUGCCUCAGCUCAUUUCUGCUCAACCUGUCACCAGUCUCGAAGAUUUUGAUCCUGCUGCACUGAGUGGGGAAUGGCAGGACUUUCUUGCUAGACACAAAGAAGACUCCGAAGAUGAAAUACUUAGACCCUACAAUGAAAGCGAUGUUGAGAAGACUCUGGAUAGUGACGACUCAUUCAAUGACGACCUCGACUCCGAGCCUGGAAUCCCAGAUAUAGCGCCGGAGUUGGCACUAUCUCAACAGGAGGUCGAUCGGCUUAUUGACGAGGCGAUCGAGGACUACAAGCAGGCUUGGCAGGCUACAAAGCAAAUCAAGAAGCACAAGACUGCAUUGGCGCGCUGGAAGCAGGCUGCAAAGGCAAAAACACGAAAACCGCAGCAGCACGCCCUGCAGAUCGACCUUAGUAAAUUUCGGACCCGUCUGGCUAAAUUUCGUGCCUCGAUUGCGCACCCUUCUAUGAAGUACACCAAGAGCGAUGAAGUAAGACGGAUCUGUCUCAAUAUACAGGCUACUGUGGAGGAUAUCAGCGAACGUGAAUACUAUCUUGAAGUCCUCGAAAACAACACUCCUCCUACAAUCCCACUACUUUCGACAGUGCCAGAACACAUUGCACAGCCACCUGAAGGACUUGCAGAAGACGACGAAGUUCUGUCCUCAUCCAGUAGUGACGCAGGAGACUUCACCGACCAAGUUGAUGAAGACGAAAUGUCAUUGGCUUCAGACUCUGAGGGUGAACUUUCUCUACCCUACGAUCCAACUGAUGACGAUUGGAGACCUCAAAUACCUCAGCCUGCAGCUUCAUUGUCCAAACCAAAGUCUGACGAUUCUUACAUCGUCGAUCUCGACACGAAUCUUGUACCGGACGAUAUGUUCCCAGAUACAUCAAGGUCCAACUCACAGCAAGCAUCAAUGCCACCCGCUCUCCCUACCGACAUCGCCAUGCAGUCGUCGCCAAUGCCGCAAGCACAACAUGACGUCGUUUAUUUUCCCAGCACACCACUCAGAAAUGUCUCGAGACAACCAGGCCAACCUCAAAUUAGCUAUGAAGGUGAAGAAGAUGAUGAAGAAGAUUUCGAUCUCGACCGUCAUCGUCUUCCUCAAAGCAGAUAUCGCCAACAGGGCAAUACUCUUGCCGAUGCAAUCACGUUGGGCAGCUCACCUUCAGAAUCCGUGCACAGUGGUGUCUCUGGUAGUAGCAUCAGAACGCCACCUCUCAACUCAACAACGCCUACUAAAGUCAAACAGGAGCAGUCUCAGCAACGGUUCCCUGACAUACAGGAAACACGAGCCAAGAGAUGGGCGGAUGUCAAAGACCCUUUCGAAGCAUUGUGUAAGGUGGUUUACAGGCACAACAGAACAAAUGCUCGUGACGUCUUGGAGAUGGCAUCGCGAAUACCCUCGCAUGAAGUACCUGGACACCUCAAGGUCCUCAUCAGUCAGAUAGAGCAGAUUGAUCCUGACGAAGAAGACAUUCCAGCGAACGCUGAGGCUGAGAUCCUAUGGACGUUCUUCUUCAUGGUCUUCGCUUGCUGUAGAGGUUGGAGAGAGGUCUGGGAUGUGGAAGAGGAAUUCCGUGAUGCUGCCUAUGAGAUGACGGAUGAAAAGGCAGACGCCUUCGACAGGAUACUGAGGCCUUUGUUACGACAUUACAUUACCGCUCCAGCAAACAUGCAGAUGCCACAACAGCAAACACAAGAUCAUUCUCAACUACUGCCACAAUCGCGCACCAGCGAACGGGACCUCUUCGCGUUUUCGACCUCAAAAGGUACUUCUUCGAGACUACAGCAGAUUGACGAUACCUCUUUAAGUGACAGUAACGCUGAGAUUGAGAUUGGCGACUACGAAUCGCCAAUUAAGAGACGAAGACGUGCCGUCGAACAAGAUCAAGAAGCUCUUUCUCAGCAGAAAGACGACCAGGCGCGUGUCCAGGAACAGGAAGCUCGACGGCAACUCCUAAUGCAGAGACUCCAAGCACAAGACUUGUCACCUGUUCGUCUAGUGCCUAUUCAUACUGAGGAGCCGAUAGUUUAUCUCGACCCUCAUAUCGCCCGAAGAGUGAAAGAGCAUCAAGUCGAGGGUAUUCAAUUUAUAUGGCGAGAGUUGAUCAUGGACCCCAAGCAUCAGGGUUGUUUGCUUGCUCACACCAUGGGUCUAGGCAAAACCAUGCAAGUCAUCUCUUUCUUGGUGACCCUGGCUAGAGCCAACCAAGCUUCCGGUGAAUCAAUCAGAAAUUUGAUCCCCAACCAUCUGCGUGGCAAGAAGGCACUUGUUAUCUGUCCAGCAAGUCUCGUCGACAACUGGUACGACGAGACAUUAAUGUGGACUCCUCCAUCAGAUCCAGACCUACUUGGUGCGCUCUACAGAGUGUCUGGUUCAAGACCUGUCAAAGUCAGAACAGUCGUCGAAUGGAAUACCAAUCCGGGUAUACUGAUCAUCAGCUACGAGAGUUUGAAGUCAUUGCUCAAGCCGUCACGGAAGAAUGACAAUCUGGACGAACUUGCUAUGCUUGAGAAGUCCCUGCUAGAAGAACCAUGUGUUGUCAUCGCCGAUGAGGCACACAAAAUGAAGAAUGCUAGGUCCGCUGUGAACAAAGUUGCUAUGAGAUUUGAGACAUCAAGUCGUAUUGCCCUUACUGGCUCGCCACUGAACAACCAUCUCGAGGAGUAUCAUACCAUGAUCGACUGGAUCGCACCAGGUUACCUGGGUACCCUAGUCCAGUUCCGUGCCAAGUAUUCCGAGCCAAUCGAGAGAGGUCUCUAUGCUGAGAGCAGCAAGUAUGACAAGAGAAAUUCGGUUAAGAAGCUCUACGUCCUCAAACGAGACCUAGGACCAAAGAUCGAUCGAAAAGAUAUAUCUGCCAUCGCGAAGGAUAUGCCUCAAAAGACAGAAUUUUUCAUCACUGUCCCUCUUACGGCUCUUCAACAAGAAAUAUACACAAUGAUGGCCCAGCACAUUCUUUCUGGUGUCAGCUCAAUUGAUGGUAAGAAACCCAAGUCGAACACCGCACAGUUGUGGCAGUGGCUCGCGAUAUUGUCGUGGCUUUGUAACCACCCUUCGUGCUUGGUUAUGAAGUUGAGGGAAAGGAGCGAAUCGGAUGAGUUCAAUACUAAUUAUGUUGGUGGCGAUAAUGAGGAUUUAGAUCUACCUGAGAACCUCGAUGUUCAAGGCUCAUCAAUGGAGGCACUAUUGCCUAAGUUCUUAGAGCUUUUCCAGUCCAUUGGCAUGCUCAACCAGCUCGAAGACCCUACCUUGUCGACACGCUCUAUGGUGACGCAACUUUUGAUCGAAGAGAGCAUUGCACAAGAUGAGAAAGUCUUAAUAUUCUCUCAUAGCAUUCCUACGUUGAAUUUCCUUCAACACAUGCUCGAGGAUAUGCAAUGCCGGCAUUUGCGAAUAGAUGGUAGCACAAACGUUGGACAGCGACAAAAUGCAACCAAGGUCUUCAACGAGACUGCCGAAUACAAGGUCUUUCUUAUCUCUACUCGCGCCGGUGGUCUAGGCUUGAAUCUUCAGGGCGCUACCAGAGUCAUCAUCUACGAUUUUGGUUUCAAUCCUAGCUGGGAGGAACAAGCCAUUGGUCGAGCGUAUCGACUUGGUCAGAAGAGACCCGUCUUUGUCUACCGUUUUCGCGCAGGCGGAACUUUCGAAGAAGCCUUGUACAACAAAUCCAUCUUCAAAACUCAACUCUUCUCGCGCGUCGUCGAUCAGAAGAACGUUAUUCGUCAUGGGUCAAAGAAGAUGGAGGACUACAUUUUCGAACCAAAGGAGGCAGAGCAAGUAGACCUCUCCGAGUGCAGAGGAAAAGACGCACUCCUCGACCGCAUUAUCGAUCAAGCUCCAGACGCAAUUCGUAAUCUAGUCUUGACCGAGACGUUUCAACGUGAGGAUGAAGACGACGUUAUCGAUGACAAAGAGAAAAUCGAGCUCGAGCACGAAGUUGAACUCGAACGUCUUCGACGAACUGACCCGGCCAAAUACACGGUCAAGAUGGAACAACACCGAGCGAAGUAUGGACGAGCAGAUGCUGCACAAGCGCCCGUUGGCAGAGCAAGGGAUGAAAAAGGCAACUGGCGUCCGGGUUCGGUUUCGAUGCCAUGGCUCAUUCCGCAAAUAGGGCCUAAUGCAAGGACGCGUGAAGACGAGAUUCUGAGAAAUGGUGUGACUCAGACCGAGAAGCACUUGGAUGAAAACAUCAAGGCUACUCCGACGAUGAAAAAUGGUGAGAACAAGAAACAAGGACAAUAA